AUGGCGGAACCUAGUCCAAGCACGAAUGAUGCGCCAGAUACACAGCCAGAGGCCCCAAGCACGAAGGCAGCAGGGUCGAGCGAGACGCAGGCAGAGUCGACGGCUUCAGCAAGUCAUCAAGUGUCACCAGCAGCAGCAGCAUGUGGUCAAUGCGGCAAAUCGGCAGACUCACUCAAGCAGUGCAUAAAAUGCCACAGCGUAGCCUACUGCAACAAGGACUGUCAAAAGGCACAUUUCAAAGCACACAAAAAAGCAUGUCCCAUCUUGGCGCAAGAGUACGUAAAGCAGCAUGAGCCCAAGAUGGCAAGUCGAUCGAGCGGGGCAGCAAAGGGAGGGGCACGGGAGAGAGGGCUGCAGAAGUGGCAGUUCGAUACCUAG